AUGAUUGUGUCUCGCCUAGUAGCAGGUCGGGCUGUGCAAGCUGCUCCAUGGUGGUCCCAGUCAUCAAAUGUAUUGACACGAUCAUCAACAGUCAGUGUUGGCAACCACAGCAAUUACAAGAACGUGAGCCAUGGAAGGAGUCUCGAAUACAGAUAUAUGGCAACUACUACUACGCCAAAGGAUGAAGCUGGUGGAGAUCACACUGACAAGGAUCAUCAGAAAGCUGCUGUUCGUAAAGCCAAAGUAGCUCGAGUUCAGCUCAAGGCACUGCCAAAAUCCAGUGUACCUGAACGACCUCCUACAGCCUAUAUCCUCUUUGCUCAGGAAGUCCGUAAACAGAUUAUGGAUGACUUGACUUCUGGGGAAUCCAAGCCGACAUUUGUACAGAUUGCUAACGCUAUUGGCAAGAAAUGGAAGGAGACGGAUGAAUCUGAAAAAGAGAAAUACUCGGCCAAAGCAUCAGAACUACGAAAAAUAUACGACAACAACCUAUCAAAAUACCUCGCAAAUCGAUCACCACUCGAUCUAGUCGUGGAACAAUACCGUACCCGUCUCUUGAAGUCAUUGAAUCCAGCAAAGAGAUCUCCACCUCGUAAAUUUAAAGAUCCAAAUGCUCCCGCUCAUCCUCUCUCGGCAUAUGGAUGCUUCUUCAAGGAGGUGUGGGCUAGUGGUUCUGAUGCACAGACUAGAGUGUUGGGAAAGUCGUUGGAAGGGUUGCCUGUGUCGGAGGCUGGGAGUUUGUUGGGUGCUACGUGGAAGAAGAUGACGGAUUCUGAUAAGGAGAAAUAUGUCGUUAUGGCCAAGAAGGCUAGUGAAGAGUAUGCAUCUGCCAAGAAGGCAUAUGAAGGAACAUUGCUUGGAGCCCGUGAAGAACUCCACGAGACACUAAAGGAAGCUGUCGCCAAGAGUCCUGGCUUGAAGACGAAGCGAGGAGGAAGGGCAAGAAAAUCUGGCGGUGCAGUCGUUAAGAAGGCAAAGACCAGGGCUACUGCAAACCCAACAAUAACAAGGAAGAAGAAGACUGCUAAUAGUGCUGCCAAAUCUAGCACAAAGAAGACUAAGAGUAGUAGUGCACCAGCUGCAGCUACAAAGGCAAAGAAGAUGACUACUAAACGAGUCAGUGCAGGUCGUAAGAGGAAUGUGGUCAAGGACUGA